AACAGCAAGCCGGGACCAAGGCGCUUGGAUGCUACGGGUUCUGCUGGUUGCAGUCCUGGGGCAAGAACGGAAAUAGGGGAGCGCCCAGGGCGGGUAUCUGGAAAAGGCAAACGGACAGAGGGCGGGCCAGACGGGUCGCUGGGUUUAUGAGGCGGCAGGAAGAAUAGGUGGGGAAUGCGGUACUUGGGGCAGCCAGCGCGGAGUGGUCGCCGGGCUUUUGACUGGUGGUGGCAGAAGAAAGAAGUGAUUAGGCGUGAUUAUGCGAUCACUCUGGCGGCUGGCGGGCGGCGCGCGGGUCACGUGACGCGACGCGCCUGGCGCUGGGCGCCCGCCCCCGCUUUUUGUGCUAUUCUGCCCGACGGCCGCGGGCCGGGGCUGCUGGACGCGGCGCCGGGCGGGCGCUUCAGGCGGUGGGGCGGACUUGGACGGGAAUGGGGGGGGGCUGGGAAGGAGGGGGGGGCAGAGAUUGGCCUGUGUGCAGGACCCGGCUAUCGGCGUGCCGGCUCUGAUUCGCCGCGUUAUCAGCGUUUAUCAGCGGGCGGCGCAUUGAUGCUAGUUGGUGCACCAGAGACACGCUGCACAUAUCUGGUCACGGGAUUUGGAAGUCAGCGGGAUUUGAAAAUAGCGGGGAUGGGAAACCAGUGCGAUCUGGGUGUCGGGGGGUCGGUGAAAAGCGGGGUUUUUGCUGAUGGGAUUUUGGGUGCUGAUGGGAUUUUGGUGUGGUGCGAUUUGGUGAUUCGCGGGAUUUGGGUGUUGGCGGAUUUAAUUAUUGGCGGAUUUGGAUAUUGGCGGAUUUGGAUAUUGACAGCUUUGGAUACUGACAGCUUUGGAUACUGGAAAAUUUGGAUAUUGGCAAAUCUGGGUACUGAUAGAUGUUAUUGGUGGUCUGAUUAUUAGCGGAACUUCGGUUGUUAGCGGAGCUUUGGAUGGAUGGAUGCUGGUGGUGUUUUCGUGGCGGGACCGUUAUUGGCAUGGUCCUGGAUAUUGGCAGUUCCAGAUAUCGGUGGCGUUUUUGCCGGAUCGGAGCUCGUCUGGCAUCGAAGCCCGCUGAUAUCUGUCGGUUUCUGUUUUCUCGCUUUUUGCAAUCGGCGGGCUUUUACGAAAGUUAUUGCUUCACCAUCUCAGAAGCAUGCUGCAUAUGGCUGCUCAGAUGGUUCUUGGAACGGUUGCGAAAUUGGUCGCCCCGCUGGAAUCACAUUCUUGGUUGACCAAAUCUGGUAGAGCCCUCCUCCACCAUUCUUGUGGAUGUACAAUCCAGCGUUAAGACCGUGA